AUGGCUUAUGUCCCGAGAACUCCUUGGUUGUGGCGCAUAGGCGUUGUGUGGUGGCUUUUCUGUGGCAAGCGUAGCAUGCAACGACUCAUCAUGGAGCUCGAGGGUGGCUACGCCAUGGUCUUGAGGUUUAUGCAACCCCAACUUCUUGGGCGGCGGUGCUUCGCAUUUGUGCAAGAUGUAUGGCGCCUUGUCUUCAGUAGGGGAAGACAGUUGCUUGUGCGAGGCCAUGUUGUUAGAAUUCUGCAGAUUUUCGGUGGGUACGAGGACCCCGCGCAUCAAUUUUUUGUGCGUGUACCGGAGGCACUGAACAAUGACAAGAAAGAUUUGAAGGAGGAGCACGGGGUUAGUUGGAGGCGACGACGAAUAGAAGCAGCACCACAGCAAAGCAGUGGAGGACAAAUAAGAGCAGCCAGCCGCCGGAAAGAAGAAGACAGGCAGGAGUUGGGGUUUUUUGACAUGAACGAACUCCGCACCUGUUUGGGGAGAGUAAUGCUGAUGGGCUUGCGGUUGACGCAGUUCGGGGCGGUCAGCACAUGCAUGGCCCUGUCCUGCAAGCGUCUAAUCAAGCAUGACUACGUCGACACCCAGUACAUGCAACAAAAUGAAUACCGGAAUAUCAAGCGAUCCUUGAACAUCUUCUACGGGUUAGUUCUUGCCCAGGGCACCAUCUUCAUCAUCAUGCAGAACCCACUCAUCAGACGGCAACUUCUAAAACUCCGAAGGGAGUACAUGCUAGUUACCGCUUCAGGUCGUGACAUUGUCUACCGCUACAAGAAUGACAAUUACAUGGAGUUCAUCAUGGGUAAUGUGCGUCCCACCCUGAACAUGGACUUGGUGACAUUUGCAAAGAAUCUGGUGUUAUCCAGUUCCAUCGACGACCAGCUACUAGGUGUUCGCACCAUCGACUACAUAUUCAGAUCAAUCACUGCAGGUGACAAGCCAAGCAGAGAACAGCAGAUCCUUGCAAGGCUUCAAGCUUCCCUCAAUCCCGAGGCGUUGUUCACUAUGCUCGGCCUUACCAUCAACAUCGACGAGGAGGAAGAUAUCAGAGGCCACGCCGCAAGAUUACUUCUGCAGCUUGCUCCGCUUCUCCCGGUAGAGAGCUUCUCCAGAAUCCAGCAUCUCAUAUCCUCUUUACUCAGCGCAGAAAGCAAGGACAAGAGGAGAGACAUGGACCUGGUUUGGUUUGGUCUCAGAAUUCUAGACAAGCUGACGGACAACCCAGAAAACUGCAGGGAAGCCAAAGACUGUGAUGAUCUGCUAUCCAAGAUCAUAGGCCUCACCAACCUGUGUGCUCAUGCUCAUGCUACCACGGGUGGCAGUUGCAGGAACUCUGAAUCUUGGAUGGAAAAUGAGGUUCUUCCUCUGCUCCUCAGCGAAGAAGAGGUCCCUACUUCUUUCCAACAAAGGAUCGAUGAAGAAAUUAUUGCUGGGAUGUCACUUAAUGUCUUGGGAAAGUUGGUUGCGGCACCUGGUGAAGCUGGCAAAGAGCUUAGGCGCAAAACCAUAGAGAGUGCCCACUUCCACUUCCACUUCCACAGCAGCACUAGGAUUAUAUCUGCACAUGUUGAAGCAGCAAGAGUCAUAUCAUGCUUAGCCCUGGAUGACAAGCCAAGGACAGAGGUCGGGAGGUCACCUCAGAUCAUCAGGAUGCUUAAGAAUUGUCUACUUUCAAAGACUCAACAUGUAAACAUGACAAGUAAAGUGGCUGCCAAAUUAUUGCUUCUAGAGUACGCCAGAAGUGAUCAGCUGAGCCAAAUUCAGUUAUUAAGAAACCAUAUUCUGGAAAAUCCGUCAUCUCUGCCACCAAUGUUGGUCAUCAUAGAAGAACUUGAGCUGGAAUAUCUGGAUGUGCCAAGAUGGAUGAAUCGCAUCAUACAAAGACUUGAUCUGAAAGAUUUACUUUCAGCAACACGAGUAAACAGUGCUGAAGCAGCUGCUCAAGCACUAGUUAUGCUCACUACUGGGUCUACUAGCUGCCAGGAAAACAUUGAGGCCAUCCUACAAGAACUUGACGUGAAAGAGCUGAAGGUGAUAGUGAAUAUGCUCUCUGCUGAAUGCGGAGAAAAAAGGAGAAGCACAGAGGUCAGCUUAGAACAAUAUAACCUGGGCACAAAAAUGUUGGAAACAAUCAGGAAGAUAGUGUGUACCGUAGACAGUAAGAAUAUAAGAAGCAUGGUUGCCAGACUCAUCCAGAAUUUGCGAGGCUACACAGGGACAAAGUGUUUUAAGGACCAUAUGGAUAUAAUCGACAAGACACUACCAAAGGUGUUGACAUCGAUCAUACAAGUAAUGGGGUUGGAAACUGCAGAAUCUACGAAUGAAAAUUUGGCCCAUACAAAUAAUGAACUGAGGAUAAAAGAAGGUAAACUGCUAGAAAGCUUUAUCAGCCUCGCAGUGAAGAUUUGCACCUCCAUGAAUGCAAGCGAUGCCAUCGAAACGCUCGAGCAACCUGAUAUUACUGUGGGCACACUAGUCCAGAAGCUGAAGAAGGUGUUAGAAGUGUACAAGUCUCCAAUUAGCGCAUAUCCAGGGAUACGGAAAUCUACAAUUGAACUGAUGACUUGGAUGGUAAGAAACAAUGCCAAUUACAUAGAGAUACUCUUGAAAUGUGGAGUGUACGAGCAACUAGAAGAAGUGGUUAAGACUUCUAGAAAACUCGAGAACUUUGAGCUGUUUUACUGUGAUGUUGGGAUCGGUCAUCAUGAAACGCCUAUCUGUUCCCUUGCAACUGCAUUACGGGAUCAGCUUUCCCUCAGCCCCAAGUUCCAAGAAAGAUCCCACUGCUACAAAGAACAUGCAAGCUCCAUAUCCGUCCUUAUUGCUUAA